CGGCGAUCGAUUACUCAGGCCUCAGAAAGAUGGCGUCCUCGGAGCAGGCAGAGCCGCCGAGCCAGCCAAGCUCUACUCCAGGAAGUGAAAAUGUGCUGCUUCGAGAGCCGCUGAUUGCCACAGCGGUAAAGUUUCUACAGAAUUCCCGGGUCCGCCAGAGCCCUCUUGCGACCAGGAGAGCAUUCCUUAAGAAGAAAGGGCUGACGGAUGAAGAGAUCGAUGUGGCUUUCCAGCAGUCGGGCACCGCUGCCGAAGAGCCCUCGUCCUUGGGCCCAGCCACACAGGUGGUUCCUGCCCAGCCCCCUCACCUCCUUCCUCAGACAUACAGCCCAGCAGGCUCCCGAUGGAGGGAUUACGGGGCACUGGCCAUCAUCACGGCAGGAAUCGCGUUCGGCUUUCACCAGCUCUACAAGAAAUACCUGCUCCCCCUCAUCGUGGGCGGCAGAGAGGACAGGAAGCAACUGGAGCGGAUGGAGGCGAGCCUCUCGGAGCUGAGUGGCAGCGUGGCCCAGACAGUGACGCAGGUCCAGACGACACUAGCCUCUGUCCAGGAGCUGCUCAUCCAGCAACAGCAGAAAGUUCAGGAGCUCGCCCAGGAACUGGCCACUGCCAAGGCCACCACAUCGACCAACUGGGUCCUGGAGUCCCAGCACAUCAGUGAGCUCAAGUCGGAAAUCAGCUCCUUGAAGGGCUUGCUCUUAACCCGGAGGCAGUUCCCGCCCUCUCCCUCGCCUUCUGCACCCAAGAUCCCCUCCUGGCAGAUCCCAGUGAAGUCCCCGGCUCCCUCCAGCCCGGCGGCGGCCAACCAUCACAGCAGCAGCGACAUCUCGCCUGUCAGCAACGAGUCCGCUUCGUCCUCCCCAGUCAAGGAGGGUCACAGCCCCGAGGGCUCCACGUACCACCUGCUGGGCCCCGCCGAGGAGGACGUGGGGCUGCUGGACGUGCAGGGCCAGGUGCGCAUGGAGGUGCAGGGCGAGGAGGAGCAGCGGGAGGAGGAGGACGAAGAGGAGGAGGAUGACGUCGGCCACGGCGGCGAGGAGGACUGCGUGCAGCGGGAGGAUCGCCGGGGCGGCGACGGGCAAAUCAACGAGCAGGUGGACAAGCUACGGCGGCCGGAGGGCGCCAGCAAUGAGCAUGAGCGGAACUAGGCCCCAGGCCGCUACUCCGCCCCCACCCUCCCGCGGGACUGUCAGCCGGUCGCGUGCACCCUGGGGUGCAGAGCUGCCCUCGCCCCAUGGUGGCCGCUGCUGUGUGAUCACAUUUCUGCCUGCCCCCACUCCUACCCUCCUCCUGUUGGCCCGCUAGCCCAGCCCAGCCCGCCUCAGCUUUCUCCCAAAUGGGACCAGCCUUUGACCUCUGCGUGCCCAGCUGGAGGCCCAGAAACCGCUGCCCUCAAGCCCCUGGUCCAGCUCCUCCCAGCCGACGUCUUGUCCAGGGUCUGUCUGCCAAGUGGCUUCACCGUAACACCACCUUAACACUACGCAUGACGGGGUAGUUGGAUCACCUGACUCCAGCGCCUUGGUAGAGACAGGUGCAGCUGCUCCCAGCCCUCCACUCCCCAACGGGCCUGACACCCCUCCCUCCCCUCACCCAGGGCUCCCCUCUCUUGGCAUCAGGGGCCUGUGCCCAGAAGUGAAGGCCUGGCCCUGCCGAGCCUCCCAGGCUGUGCAGCCAGGCCCUACCCAGCCAGUGCGCCCUGCCCUCUCUGCCCAGCUCCUGCCAUGCCCCAUGGUCCUCCUAGGAAAUGAAAUCACACCAUCCCCUGACUGCCCGCGCUUGCUGCAUCGUGGCCUCAGCUGACCAGUGGCAAGAUGUGGCCCUCAGCCCCACACAGGAGCCGGCCUCAGGGCCUUCUGACAGCUGUGUCUGUCAUCUGACCAGAAACAUGUUCAUUUGUGUGAUCAUGUAUAGAUGCGAAAUAUAAGAUAUGACUGUAUAUACUUGUAAUAAAUAUGAGUUACCGCUAUUUAA